UAACACAACACAACACAAAACACACUCUUAGCUGAGUGAAACUGCUGCGGUGUCACGCGCUUUCUACACACAAAUGUAUUGCCGGUGGAUCUCUGCAGUCAAACUGGAAACUAAAACCAUUUUCGGUCCCAAAAAAAACCUCACUGCAAUACACUCCUAAAUAAAGCGAUGUUUUGCAUCACGAAGACUAGACAAAACUGACAUAUUUCAAAGCCGUUCGGUUAUCAAAAUGCGUUUUAUGCUGUUGAUCAUCGGGACUCAAAAUCGUUCCUAUUUUUUUAUUUAUUUUUUUGCUGCGUUAGCGCAUGCGCAGUAACAACCAGACUGUUCCCCCAAGUGUUUGAAACUACCCUGAGGAUCUCCACGCUGGGAUCAAGUAAUGCGACACGGACAUUUUCACUCCCGACCGGAAUCCCAUCUAAAUAUUUCAUAUCGGGUUUCUUGUUUAUUGCACUGAUUGGUGGUUUCUUUUAAAUAAAUAAAAAAAAAUCCUUUUGUGGGCUACAUUUUUUUGGUUUGAAGUUUGUGUUGGAUGCUUGUAGGGCGGUUUUGCAGUGCGUUUCCCUAAGGAUAAUCUACUCACAAGGUAUACAUGCGUUUUGUGUAGCCGUUUCAUGGACUCAUUCCGAGAAUCUGAAGUAAACAGUCGGAGCUAAAAUGUUAAAUACAGCCAGCUGGGACCCACUGCAGGUUACUAACUAUGUAGCGGAAUAUCUCGACUUGGUCGAAUCGCUGCCGUUCGACCUACAAAGAAACGUGUCUCUCAUGAGAGAGAUCGACUCUAAAUAUCAAGAGAUCCUCAAGGAGCUAGAUGAUGCAUACCAGAAGCACAGGCAGGAGGAGGACCCUGUCCAGCGGCGCCGCCUUUUGCACUGCAUCCAGCGUGCGCUGAUCCGCAGCCAGGAAUUGGGAGAUGAGAAGAUCCAGCUUGCUGGACAGAUGGUGGAGUUGGUGGAGAACCGCAGCCGGCAGGUGGAUGCUUUUGCCGAGCUUCUAGAAGCCCAGCAUGAGCCCCAUGACGUGCCCUCUGUGACAGCCGUCGUCCCUGGCAAGAGGCGUGAGGAGGAAAAACACAGAGAAGAGACCCCGGGUUCGGUCGAAAGAAUAGCAAGUGCCAGCAAGCGCUCCAGGCGGCAGAAGAACAACAGCAACGAGAACCGGGAGAUGAUUCACAAUGACAGAGAUGAAUUGAGCAGAGAGAAACGGGCCAAGACGUCAAAGAAGAAGAAGAGAUCCAAAGCAAAGCAGGACAGGGAGGCUUCACCAGCCGACUUGCCCAUCGAUCCCAAUGAGCCCACGUAUUGUCUCUGCGAGCAGGUUUCCUAUGGGGAGAUGAUCGGCUGCGACAACGACGAGUGUCCCAUUGAGUGGUUCCAUUUCUCCUGUGUUGGCCUCAACCAUAAACCCAAGGGGAAGUGGUAUUGCCCAAAGUGCAGGGGUGACACAGAAAAAACCAUGGACAAAGCCUUGGAGAAAUCUAAAAAGGAGAGGGCAUAUAACAGGUAGCCACAUACCUGUUGAACUGUUGAUCAUGAACCACGUGUUGAACUGUCAACAUUUCUAUUUAUUUUAUAUAUUUGUUUAAUGCUAGGUAUAACUUCUGUCAAUUUGUCACCUCAAUCUGCAUUUUAGAAUUUAUUUACUACCAAAUAGCACUAAAAGGGCUUAAACUCAAACCUCCUGAGUUUAAGUUUUUUAAAUGUGGCAGUGAUGUGCGCAAAGAAGUAUUUGACCUUCAUUUCUUUUGUUGUUACUUGAACAGUAUGGGUGACUGAAGUAUUUUAUGAAGGUGCUUACAGCAUGUGGCUAUUACAUGUUAAGUGUUGAAGUAGAAAUGUCCUAAUUGGUAAUUAAAUAUGUAUUAAAAUCUAUUAGUUGUUUACAUUCUGUUUAGGGCUGGAAUAGCCAGAUAUGAAUUGAAAGAACAAAAUGACUGGACUUGUUUUAAGGUCUUUCACCAUUCAUUAAAAGGAGCUUCAUCAAAAACUGAUGAAGGGGGAAACCUCAAGGUUCUAUUACAGGUACAGUCACUUUUACUUACUACUAGAGACUCCUCUUUCUGUAUUUCAAAGGGUAAAAGAAAUUAACCCUUGAGCUUAAAAAAAAAAAAAAAAGUCAACCACAGACACACAACCCCCCCCCCCCCAUACUAAGCAGCUUGCACAGACAAAGCACAUGAACGACAAAGUGUAUUCUUACAAUAUGGUACAUGAGAGGCAGGUUUACAACACAUCAUGGAAUAUAAAAUCACACAUCUGGGCAUGUAACAGCACACGAUACGGCCUAACCGUGUGACAGGUCAGUUCCAAACCAGGCACAGUCAAAAUGCAACAACUUCAGGCCUGUACCAUGUCAGUCCAUGGAAUUUGACUCCACUUUUUUUUUUUUUUU